AUGGAGGUCAACGGCGAUAUCGAGGUAUGGAAGCACAAGGCAGAACAGUAUUUGGCAGACAGUGGAGUCCCUUAUACAAUAAUAAGGCUCGAAGGUCUACAAGACGAAGAGGGGGGAGUGAGGGAGUUGAUUGUUGGGAAAGAUGAUGAGCUUCUCCAGACUAACACCAAGUCAAUUCCAAGAGGAGAUGUGGCUAAAGUUUGUGUUCAGGCUCUGCAGUAUGAAGAGGCAAAGUUCAAGGCGUUUGAUUUGGCUUCAAAGCCUAAAGGUGUGGAAACACCAACGAAAGACUUCCGGGCACUGUUCUCCCAAAUUACUGCUUGGUUUUGA